AUGCUCAUUCGGGUGCUCCUGAUCAGCCUGGCACUCCUGGCCGUUGUCUACAUCUUGAAGGCAGCCCUUCUGCAACUGACCUCCGAUGAUGUGGUCAGUGACGAAGCUGAUGGGGCCUUGAGCCAAAACAAUUCCUGGACCGAUGUGGAGCGAGCGCUGCAAGCCUUCAGGAGUGGUGACGAUUCCAAGGCUCUGGCGAUCCUCACUGGCUGCACGAAAGAGGACUCCGAUGCGGAGAGCCGGCUGGAGAGCGCUGCGUGUAAAACCUCCCUGGGUGAGCUCCACUGGGUCGGAGCCGGGGUGCCACGCAACCUGACACGAGCCAAGGAGCUCUUCGAGGAAGCGGCCGCGGUCGGCGAGCCGGAUGCGCAGUACAACCUGGCCAUCCUCUAUGCGUCCUCGGCAGAGAGCAGCGACGACUUGCGACGAAACGAGGCCAUGGCCGUCCUGCACCUGUAUGCCGCCUCCACAGCAGGCCAUCCGGGUGCCUUGAUGGCCAUGGGCUACAGGCACCUGCAUGGCUAUGGCGUGCCGCAGGCUUGCACCACGGCAGCCCUGAACUACAUCGAUGUGGCAAAGGGUAUUGCCAACAUUUACUCCUCUGGCAUGCCCCAAGCCGUCGAGCUGGUGAGAUUGAACCUUCCGCAGAAGGACCGGAAGGUCAUGAGUAGUUCCGAGCUGAACCUCUUCGUGCAGAUCGCCACUAGCGGGGACAGCGCUGUUGCCGCAGCUAUCGGGAAGCGCUACCUCCUGGGGAUUGAGGGCUUCAAGCAAGACUACCAGAAGGCCAAGCAGUACCUGAAGAUGGCCGCCAACAGGCAGCACUCCGGGGCGCUGGCACUUCUCGGGUACAUGUACUGCCUAGGCCUUGGCACGCCCCAGAACUUGGAGACGGCGUAUGCCUACUUCGUCACUGCAGCUUCCUCGAACGACCCACUGGGGCACAAUGGUCUGGGAUACAUCUACUUCCGCGGCACGAAUGCGCAGGCUCGGAACCUCCGCCUGGCCUUCAAGCACUUCAAUGAGUCGGCCUUUGGCGGCUCUUCGGAUGGGAUGUUCAACCUGGCCAGCAUGUACCUCACGGGUUCAGGGACGGAGCAAAGCUUCCAGAAGGCCGUGCUGUACUACACGCAGGCUUUAGACCGUGGUCACACUCCUGCUGCCUACUCUCUUGCUGUCAUGCACUUGAACGGCAUCGGGACUGUGCGCGAUUGCGACAUCGCUGUUAACCUCCUGAAGAAGGUUUGCGAGCGUGGUGAGUGGGUGUCAAGCAAGCUAGUCAGUGCUUACGACUUCAGUGAGAAGCAGCCGGACAAAGCUGCCCUCAUGUUCCUCAAGCUUGCUGAGGCUGGCCACGAGGUCUCGCAGAUGAAUGCUGCCCAUCUUUUCGACCAUGGGCAUGCUUCUCUGCUGGCACCCGAGCCUGCCUCAGACCCUCCUGCUCGCCACGAUGACUUCUUCUGGGAUGCUUCGCCUCGACAGCCUGGCCAAAAUGUGGCCCAGCGCUUUUACGAGCUCUCGGCCGAGCAGGGCAGUGCCUCGUCGGAGCUGCGCUUGGGGGAUUAUGCCUACUAUGGUUGGGGCAUGUCUGCGCGCUUCACCGAGACACCCUUGCCAUUAGAGACGGAGGAGGUGAGCGAAGUCAAGCCCGAGACAGGCGAGGGUGGCUGGGAGGACUUCCCAUUACCCUCCAUCUACACGAACGAUAAGGUGGAGCUCCACCCUCAACCCGUUGACUACGAGGCUGCACUGGCCCGCUACCGGAAAACGGCCGACAUGACCGUGACGGGUGAGUGGAUGCAGUCCUUCGUCGCCCGGGCAUCCUUCAACUUGGGCUUCAUGCACCAGUUCGGAAUCGGAAUCGUGCAGGACCUGAACAUGGCGAAGCAGUUUUACUUUCGGUGUCGAGAGGUCGACCCGAGUGGGCUGCACGCACCCGUGACCAUUGCCCUGGCCGCUCUUGCUGGCCAUGUGCUAUUUCUGCGACUUCCAUCGCAAGAAGAGAUGAUCAAGCGGCUGUCCGCCGACAUGCGGCUGCAUGUGCUGUUUCUCCACAUAGUCGCAAUCUUGAUUCUGGCGUGCCUCCACUGCUUCCUGUCAAGCAGACGGCGAACUGUGCCACCGCGAGCACGCCGUCGCGACCAGACCUCUCCGACGGCCGCAACGCAGCCGGCGCUGGGAGAGAGACAAUCAGGAAGCCUCACGCAGACGGCGGGGGAGAGCCGGCGAGCUGCCGGCCACGUGGUGCUCGACUGA